UUCUUGACAGCAGAGAAAGGUCAGUCCAUCUCCACUCGGCUCGGCGCCGUGAUCUUCCGUCGAUGUGUUGGAACGGUUCUGUGAUCUCCACAAGGAUUAAAGCAGGUCGACUUCUUAAAGUUUAAAGUCCCACAGGAUCCACGAUGGGCAAAUAUAUCGAUCGCAUGAGAAACUUGAUCCCGGGUCUGCGGCGUCCGGACACCAAUGUCCCGCCUCAAGGUGUUACCGUGGAUAUGGGAGCGGGUGAUUACGAGAAGGACCUGGACAAGAAAAAAGUGUCGUUCUUCAAUCCGCUUGACCCCGUGCCAAAAUAUGACUUUUACGCCAACGACACAUUCACUGGACGUAUAAAAAAGACCAGACCAUCACUGGAUGUUCUGCGUAAAGCACCGGAUCCGGAUGAUCUUCCUCCACCACCAGAGGAUGAUGACCGGCCCAAAGUCAAACUCGUUCGCUUUGGAUGGGUUCUUGGAGUCAUGAUUCGCUGUAUGUUGAACAUCUGGGGAGUCAUUAUGUACCUGCGGCUGCCGUGGAUCACGUCUCAAGCCGGACUCAUUCUGACCUACGUAAUUAUCUUCAUGUCUAUUGUUGUCACAACAAUCACUGCGACUUCAGUGUCUGCAAUCUCCACCAAUGGGAAGGUCAAGUCUGGCGGCACAUACUUCAUGAUCUCUCGGAGUCUGGGUCCGGAGCUCGGAGCGCCCAUCGGAUUGCUCUUCGCCUUCGCCAACGCUCUCGCCUGUGCGCUCCACACAGUGGGGUUUGCAGAGACCGUCCGAGAUCUUCUGAAAGACUAUAAAUCUCAGAUGGUGAGUGAUGUCGACGACGUGAGGAUCAUUGGUGCAAUUACUGUCUGCAUCCUGCUCUGCAUCACAUUCGCUGGCAUGAGUUGGGAGGCAAAGGCUCAGAUCCUGUUCUUCAUCGCGAUCAUGCUCUCUUUAGCUAGCUACUUUAUUGGAACUGUUCUCCCCCCCGACAAUGUUAAGCGGGCUGCAGGAUUUUUCGGCUACCAAUACGAUAUUUUCAUGGAGAACCUGCUGCCCUCCUUCCGAGGCGUAGAUGGAUAUUUCUUUAGGAUGUUCGCCAUCUUUUUCCCAGCUGCUACAGGAAUUCUUUCUGGUGUCAACAUCUGUGGAGAUCUCAAGGAUCCAACGGGUGGGAUUCCUAAAGGGACACUGCUGGCCAUAUUGUGGACCACCUUGAGCUAUUUACUGAUCUCAAUCACAUGUGCUGCAACUGUUGUAAGAGACGCUUCUGGCAAUGUGAACGAUAGUUUAGCGCUAACGAAUUUUUCGAUGCCCUGCACCGGUCUGGCCUGUAAAUAUGGCUGGAACUUUGACAGCUGCACACAGAACUCCACAUGUCGCUCUGGACUGGCAAACAACUUCCGUGUUCUUACCACUGUUUCGGGAUCUGGCAUUUUGAUCACCAUAGGUGUUUUUGCCGCCACCUUGUCAUCAGCGCUGGGUUUCUUAGUGUCUGCACCGAAAAUUUUCCAGUGUUUGUGUAAGGAUAACAUCUACCCCUUCAUUGGCUUCUUCGCAAAAGGUUAUGGGAAAAACAACGAGCCUCUACGUGCGUACUGUCUCGCGUUCCUCAUCGCAAUGGCUUUCAUCCUCAUCGGUAAUCUGAACACAAUCGCUCCUCUGAUCUCCAACUUCUUCCUCUGCUCUUACGGCCUCAUUAACUUCAGCUGCUUCCAUGCGACGGUCACCAGAUCACCUGGCUGGCGGCCAGAGUACCGUUUCUUCAGUCCAUGGACGUCUCUCUUUGGUUCUUUCUUGUCUUUUCUCCUCAUGUUUCUGUUCACAUGGUGGUACGCUCUUGUCACGUCCGGUAUCGUCUUCUUCCUCAUAGGUUAUGUUUCCUAUACAAAGCCUCGGGUUAACUGGGGCUCGUCUUAUCAGUCCAGUUUCUACAACAUGGCUUUAUCCUUCUCGAUGUCUCUGACUGGUAUAAGUGAUCACGUCAAAAACUACAGGCCUCAGUGUCUCGUUCUGACCGGCCCUCCGAACACCCGUCCCGCUCUGGUGGACUUUGUGGGCACUUUCACCAAAUGCAUCUGCCUGAUGAUCUGUGGGAACAUCAUCAUGGAGGACGAGAAGUCCAGUUUUCCGCAGCAGAGCACCGAUAUGCUGGUGGACUGGCUGAAUAAGAGGAAGGUUCGUUCUUUCUACACGUCCUUCAAUGCCGACAAUCUGAAAGAGGGCGCGUCCAAUCUCAUGCAGGCUUCAGGUCUUGGUAAACUGAAGCCGAACACCCUCGUUAUGGGAUACAAGACGAACUGGAAGGAAUGUAAACCUGAGAGUUUACAGGACUACGUCAACACCAUCAGCGAUGCGUUUGACUCCAACUACGGCCUUGCAAUUCUGAGAAUGAUGGAUGGAUUGGACGUUAUGGAUGUUUCGCAGAGUUCAGCAGGCAGAUCAUCUGCAAUUGAUAAUCUGGCAUUCGAUGCAGACGAAGUCCCGCAAACCGAACAAGAUGAGACAGACCGGAAUUCAGAUAUUUCAGACGAUGGCUCGACCGAUCAAGUCAGGUCGGUUUUUCAGACGAAACAGGGCAGGAAGACCAUUGACAUCUACUGGAUCUCUGAUGAUGGAGGUCUGACUCUUUUAGUGCCAUAUUUGUUGACCAGAAGAAACCGCUGGAAAAAGUGCAAAAUCAGAGUGUUUAUCUUAGGAGACCAGGAGACCAUGAAGGAAGACCGCAAAGAUAUGAAGAUGCUGUUGAAGAGAUUCCGGCUGGAGUUCGAGGACAUCGUCGUGAUAACAGACGUGGAUAAAGCUCCUCUGGCUAAAAAUUGGCAGCGGUACGAGGAUAACAUCGCCCCCUUCGUGCUGAGUGAAGAACAGGCUGGAGGAGACGUACAUGAGCUCAAGAGACUGAGUCCAUGGAAAGUUUCUGACAAAGACCUGGAGGCCAUAAAACCCAAGGUGGAGAGGUCGGUGAGACUCAAUGAGAUCAUCAAGAGGAACUCCAUCCCCGCGGCUUUGGUUGUAAUUUCUCUUCCAGUCCCUGACGUCAACUGUCCCAGUUCUCUCUAUAUGGCCUGGGUGGAAGCGCUGAGCUACGGCAUCCACUGUCCCACGCUGCUCAUACGAGGAAACCAAGAGAAUGUCAUGACCUUCUACUGCCAAUAAAACACUCACAUUAACCUGAGUUCAUCAUUAAACGCAAUUAUUCCUGCAGGUGAAGCUGCUGUCAGUUUCAGUCAUGUAGAGAUUUUAAGACUUGUUAUGAAUUUGACCUGUUGAACUGAAAUGAGCUCUUGUACAAUGAUUCUAUUACAAUGUAUGUGUAUAUCACAUGUUCGUAUGUUUGUAUAAUCUUCAAGGACGUCAGGUCAGAGUCGGCUGCACAGAAUAUACUAGAGUUACUGUAUGCUGGUGGAGGGAAGUCAUUUAUCUCAGGACUUUCAUUUCAAAGUAGAAUAUAAGUGUUUCAUGCCAUAAUAAUAGACACAAUAAUAAUCAUAUAAAAAUGUUACAUUUUGAAUGUAUAUGAAUGGUAAAUUAUUAGGUUGUUGUUACAAAUUUGUAUAAUUAUAAAUAUGAUCUUUUCAAUGUAAAACAUACUGUACAAUUUUGUACAAUGGUGAACAUUUUCAUUUAAACUGAUUGUCCAAGUGAUAAAAAAACUGGUAAAAUACAUUAAUGCUGUACAGUCUCGAUCACAACACAUAUUAAACAGAAUAUAUUGCAAGUGAGUA